AUGGAUGAGUGGGCAGAGGAAGGUGUUGGCAAGGCCGAGAUCCUGCGCCUCAUCUACCAGGGCCGGUUCCUCCAUGGCGACGUGACACUGGGUGCCCUGGGGCUGCACCAGGGCAAGACGACGGUCAUGCAUUUGGUGCCCAGAGAGAACUUGCCCGAGCCAAAUUCGCAAGACCAGCGGCACAAGUCCAAGGGCCGAGGCAGCACAUGUUGCUCCAUGUCCUGCUCAAUCCUGUGAUGCGACCUCAUUUAUUCACUCAUCGACUCACUCACUCACUCACUCACUCAGGCUUUCUUCGUUACGUCAUUUUUCUCAAAUGUCAAGUCAAUUGAAAACUCACUCUCUGCACCAGAAAACGUCGUCGUCGUCGUCUUCGUCGUUGCUCUUGGGUUUUAUUUUCUCUGCCUUCACACACAUCCCCCUUUCCUCCCCUUCCCCCCCCUUCGAUUUGGGAGUGCGAUGAACAUUUUUUUGAUGAUUAUGACUAUAUGAUGAUGAUGAUGGUGUUUUUUGAUUAUCGUGAAUAAGAAGCGCGUGUCUCUCGUUGGAACUGAGAAAUCCAAGAGUUUUUUACUCGUCUCGUUGUUUUCUCCGUCUCGCCUCCUCAGCAUGUGGUAUUUUGUUUCUUCCUUCACUUCUGUCUAUCACUUGAUGAUCGGUACUGUGCUGUGCUUACUUUCCUUCCCUCCCUCGGUCAGGGAUGGAAAUCUUUUCCGCCUUCUUUUUCAUGAUUAUUGUGCAUCAUUAUCAUUGCUGCUUUUUUUUUAAUGUUUUUUCUCUUAUUUUUCAAUCUGGGAUUGGUUUCCAACGAAUGAAGCGAGAGGCGAAGAGAAGAGCGGAGACGACGUCAAGUGUACCUUUUUUUUUUUUUUUACUAUGACGAAACAAACAAACAAAUGAGUGUUUUUUCCUCGCUGUUUUUGGGCGAAUGUGAUCAGAAAAGAAGAAAAAAAAGGAGUAAGAGAAAAAAAGAAGGUGGAAGAGGAAGAAGAAUGAGCAGGGGAAAGCAAAGUAAAAGGGAAUUGUCGAUGUUGUUUAGGAGAAAAAAAAAGAUGGGUGGGAAAUAUUAUCGGCGUAGUUUUCUUUUCCUUUUUGUCAUUUUUGCCUUUUCCAGUUUCUUUGCUGCCUGUGGCCCCUGCAAAAAAAAAAUAAGUGGAUAAGAGAAUUCGGGCAAUUCUUUAGGUUUCUUCAAAUUGGAUGCUUUGGAGUUACAUCUUCGUGUGUGGAAUCUCAACAACAGUGUCCUCGGUUUUUACACAUAUUUUUCGGGGGCAGAUUAUUACUAUUUUGUUUGGUUUGUUUGUUUGAUAGCUGUGAUAGUGAGUUCCUCGCGGAGUCGGGAGAAGAAGGGAAUCGUGCGAAUGUGGAUGCAUUUUUUUCCUUUGUUCGUUUGUAAAAUCAUUGAAAAGUGUUUGUUUGUUUGUUUGAGAAUAUUUCCGAAGAGUGCGUGUUUUUUUUCUUUAUCUUUCUUUUUUCUCUGAGUGUGAAUGCGAUGGAACAGAAUUUAUCCGAUCGGUCGCGAAUUUUCUGGUUUUUUGGAUAUGAAAAAUGGAAUUGUUGGAAAACGCCACACA